UGGUAUAGGCUUCCCUCACCUGGGCACUGGCACUGGGGAGCGGGGCACCCCAUGAAGCCGCAUCGCCUGGCGCUGACCCACAGCCUGGUCCUGCACUACGGGCUCUACAAGAAGAUGAUCGUUUUCAAACCAUACCAGGCAUCCCAGCAUGACAUGUGCCGAUUUCACUCCGAGGACUACAUAGACUUCCUGCAAAGAGUGAGUCCCAACAAUAUGCAGGGAUUCACCAAGAGCCUCAACGCCUUCAACGUGGGCGAUGACUGCCCAGUGUUUCCAGGCCUCUUUGAAUUUUGCUCUCGCUAUACUGGGGCCUCCCUGCAGGGAGCAACACAGCUGAACAACAAGAUCUGUGAUAUUGCGAUAAACUGGGCAGGGGGCCUGCAUCAUGCCAAGAAGUUUGAGGCUUCUGGGUUUUGUUACGUUAAUGACAUAGUUAUCGGCAUCCUGGAGCUGCUCAAAUAUCACCCACGUGUUCUGUAUAUUGAUAUUGAUAUCCAUCAUGGAGACGGUGUGCAGGAGGCUUUCUACUUGACAGACCGUGUCAUGACAGUGUCCUUUCAUAAAUAUGGGAACUAUUUCUUUCCUGGUACAGGUGACAUGUAUGAAGUUGGUGCAGAGAGUGGUCGUUACUACUGUCUCAACGUGCCUCUGCGAGACGGCAUUGAUGACCAAAGUUAUAAACACCUCUUCCAGCCAGUCAUUAACCAGGUGGUAGAUUACUAUCAGCCCACCUGCAUAGUACUGCAGUGCGGUGCUGAUUCUCUGGGUUGUGACCGUUUGGGUUGUUUUAACCUCAGUAUAAGAGGACAUGGGGAGUGUGUGGAGUAUGUAAAGAGCUUCAACAUCCCGUUGCUGGUACUCGGAGGAGGUGGUUACACAGUCCGCAAUGUGGCGCGAUGCUGGACUUACGAAACGUCAUUGCUUGUAGAUGAAGCAAUUAGCGAAGAGCUCCCAUACAGUGAGUACUUUGAAUACUUUGCUCCAGACUUCACUCUUCACCCUGAUGUCAGUACAAGGAUUGAAAAUCAGAACUCCAGGCAGUACUUGGAUCAGAUCAGGCAGACAAUAUUUGAGAAUCUGAAAAUGCUGAACCAUGCUCCCAGCGUGCAGAUCCAUGAUGUUCCUUCUGACUUGCUCAGCUAUGAUCGCACAGAUGAGCCUGAUCCAGAGGAAAGAGGCUCUGAGGAAAACUACAGCAGGCCUGAAGCUGCCAACGAGUUUUAUGAUGGUGACCACGAUAACGACAAAGAGAGUGAUGUUGAGAUCUGAGGGCUCUAGUGUGGGGCUCCGGACUAUGGGGGGUCCCGCAUCGGACAUGGGUGCUUGGAGCAGACAACUGGGCCAUGUAGGAGCCAGUUAGCCCUCCCUUCAUAUUUGGUUGCAUGCGGUGGCAGCAGAAACAACACCACUGCAGGCUUCUGCUACCUGGAGAGGCAGAGAGCAGUGAAAUGUGUUCCUUACUUUCCACCA